CUCGUCUCCCGGCGUCAAACGUACCCGCUUGCAGCGUUUAUUCGAGACGAUCGACCAGACAGAAGGCGGCCGACCGACUGUAUUCCGAAUCUCAUGCUAUUAUGCAACGUGUUAUGGCCCCAUAGUUUACGGUUUGAAUUGAUAUCUGACGUCCUUUUGCAUAACCAGACCACAGAAUAGGUUAUCAAUUAUUAUGUGAUCACUGAUCAGACAUUGGUUUUGAACACAACCUGCUUUGGGUCUGCAGCUGUACCUGCACGAACACUCAAUACCAAAACGUCCAUAACUUCAAUCCACUGUGUCAUAAUAAUGUGGGGUUAGGUGGAAUUCUAAUUUCUAGGUUAGGCUCACGGCUGAUUCCUCGUCAAUGCGGUAUAUUUGCGUUUUAAGUACCUAAUUUACGGUUUACACUGCGAAGAACGUUCAUUUCCGUUUACGGUUUGAAUUGAUAUCUGACCUUUUGUAUAUCCAGACCACAGAAUAGGUUAAUAAUUAUUAUUUGAUCACUGAUCAGAUAUCGGCUUUGACACAACCUGCUUUUGGACGGCUGUACCUGCACGAAUCAAUACCUAAACGUCCAAAACUUCAAUCCACUAGUCCACCAUCUGACAGCGGUGUCAUAAUAAUGUGGAGUUGGGUGGAAUGCCAGGAUGUUGCUGAUAAUACUAUUUAAUUAAAUCAUGAAAAUACAAGUGAUAAUAUAUUUCAUUGUAAUAUUUGUGGAAGAAGCUUUGUUUUAAAUUACCUUUUAAAAAUCACUUGGCCGAACACAAAUGACAAGUAAAUUAUAAAACUAAUGAAUGUAAAUUUUGUGGAAAACAGUUAAAAUUUGGUUUGAAUAGUCACAUUCAAAAACAUAACAUUCUCAUGUAUAAAUGCAGAUUUUGUAGAUGAACAUUAAUUCAACAAUAAAAUUGUAUUGACUGCUCCACCUAUUGCACAAUAAGAAUCCUCAAUUACAACACCAGCCGGUUCCAUCACAAAUAGUUUAAAGCACAAUAAUGAAUAUAAAGGAAGAACCAUUAUUUAAUUCAACAUACCAUUUUCAACCUCAAAUUGGAAGUACACACACCUAUAUCCCGAACAAUAACAUUAUUUCAAAUCCAGGGCAAACUGAAAUCUUAUCGUAUACCUUAGACAGAAAUAGUUCAGAUCAAAUAGGUGUAGGAAGCAGCAAUUCUACAAUUGAAUCGACUUCUCCUAUAACUUCAUGGCCUUCAAUGCCGCUGUACAAAGAGAAUCCCCAAAUACAACACCAGCCGGUUCCAUCUCAAAUACUUCAAAGCACAAUAAUGAAUAUAAAGGAAGAACCAUUAUUUAAUUCAACAGACCAUUUUCAACCUCAAAUUGGAAGUACACACACCUAUAUCCCGAACAAUAACAUUAUUUCAAAUCCAGGGCAAACUGAAAUCUUAUCGUAUACCUUAGACAGAAAUAGUUCAGAUCAAAUAGGUGUAGGAAGCAGCAAUUCUACAAUUGAAUCGACUUCUCCUAUAACUCCAUGGCCUUCAAUGCCGCCGUACAAAGAGAAUUCCCAAAUACAACACCAGCCGGUUCCAUCUCAAAUACUUCAAAGCACAAUAAUGAAUAUAAAGGAAGAACCAUUAUUUAAUUCAACAGACCAUUUUCAACCUCAAAUUGGAAGUACACACACCCAUAUCCCGAACAAUAACAUUAUUUCAAAUCCAGGGCAAACUGAAAUCUUAUCGUAUACCUUAGACAGAAAUAGUUCAGAUCAAAUAGGUGUAGGAAGCAGCAAUUCUACAAUUGAAUCGACUUCUCCUAUAACUCCAUGGCCUUCAAUGCCGCCGUACAAAGAGAAUUCCCAAAUACAACACCAGCCGGUUCCAUCUCAAAUACUUCAAAGCACAAUAAUGAAUAUAAAGGAAGAACCACUAUUUAAUUCAACAGACCAUUUUCAACCUCAAAUUGGAAGUAUAUGGGAAACUUAUGUACGGAGAGAGCAAUGUAAUUUCUCAAUUAGUCCACAUAAUUCAACAGCAAACAAUAGCCCUGUUCUUAGUAUUAAGCAAGAAAGAAAUAGUUUAGAAAAACAUCUAGCAUACAGCAAUGAAUUAAAUGUAUUGACUGCUUCACAAAACUCAAUGGAAAACAAUUUCCAUUUCCGAAAUAUAAAGCAAGAAAAAAAUUUGUGUAAAAAUGUCAGAGAAAGGAACAGUUCAGAUCAAGUGGAUUCAGUUGAACAAGCAAUUCAGUUUGAUCCUAUAGAAACUGAAUCUAAUGUAUUAGACCCUAUUAAAUCUAGAAACAUGGAACAUCAAGUUUUUAAAAACCUAAGAAAUAGAAAAGUCAGGGUUUCUUUAUUGGAUGAUUCACAUUCAGGUACAAUAAGGUUAAAUAGUGCCAACAAAAUUAAAUACCAAUAUGAUCGUAGUACACUUAAAAAAGUACUUCCUUCCACAAGCGCAUUAAAAGUUCAUCAAACUCAUCAUAGUAAAUCACAACCAUUUUCCUGUAGGUAUUGUGAUAAACAAUUUUCUGGAAAGGGUCCAUGUACAAAUCAUGAAAAAUCUCAUAUCAACACAAUAAAACAAAAUAAAAAAAACGAAUUGUCAUCAAUUAAAACAACAAAUUUAUGUAAUUUAUGUAAUAGAAAAUUUACAAAGCGCUGUUAUUUUACAAACCAUAUGAUGAUGAAGCAUAAUAUAAAACCAAACACAUCAAAACAACUUACAUCUAUUGAUUGUAACAAAUCAAUCAUUUUGUCUGAAAACAUAGAGUUGACUAAUCAAUACAAAAACAAAUUAUCAGGUCCAGAAAAUUACGAAAAUAACAAUCUGAACAACCAUGAAAAGAAAUCCACAUUUUGCAUGUUUUGCAACACACAUUUUGCACAUCCUGGUGCUUUAACCAAUCACAUGCGUAUUCAUGGUUGUAAAACAUACAAAUGUCAAUAUUGCCACAUGCAAUUUAGUAGGAAAGGCCUUUAUAUCAUGCAUGAGAAAACACAUGUAUUAAAAAAUGUAGUUAAAAGUGCUCCCAUUCAAAACAAAAAUAAUAUCAUUUAUGAAGUUAAUGAUGAACCACAAAUUGAGCAUUAUAAUGAUUUUGAGAUUAUUCAUAGUACAGUUGAUGGCAAUUCAAGUGGUACAAAUUUGAUGGACAUAGAACAUUUAUGGUUUCCUUGUGAUGUGUGUGAGAAAAAAUUCUAUACUCCAAUUGAAUUGAAUGUUCACCGAAAGUCACAUUCUGGAAUUGUACCAUAUGUAUGUAAGAUUUGUAAUAGAUCCUAUCAGUUAAAAUUUCGAUGGAAUCAACAUUUAAAAUGCCAUUACAAAAACACAAUGCAAAUUAAAAAGUAAGUAGCAUACUAAUAAGUAAUAAUCUAAAAUUAGUAAACUUAAGAUUGAAUCUAUAAAUCAUAAAGAUAAAAUUAAAUGUCAAUAUUGUGAAAAAGAAUAUAACUCGAUAUCUCAGUGGAAAAAAUAUAUGACAAUGAGGAAGGAAUGUCGUCGCCAUUGUAAAAGUAACCUUUCAGAGUUUACAUCAAAUAAAGCUACAAAUAAUUCUACCAAAUCUGGUCAAUUCAGAUGUAAUAUAUUAUGUAAGAAAACAUAUACUACCUCUCACAAUCGAAUAAUACAUAAAAAAUACAUUUAUUAUGAGUUAUAUACAACUGAUUUGAAUACUUAUGAUAAUUUGUGAAAAUUAAUGGACACAAUUCAACAAAAACCAGCGAUUAAGAAACGAAAUAGAAGUAAUCACAUUAAUGGCACUAAAUAUGAGUUAUGUGGUAAAAUAUACAGUAAUGGAGCUAAUUUAAGUCACCACAUAUCUAUGAUUCACACACAAAACUAAUGAACCACUGACCUGUAAUAUUUGUGGAAGUACUUUUAAAAACAAAUUUUCUUUUAGAGAACAUUAAAAAUUAAACACAAACAAUUAUUUAAACAUUAUGAAGAUUUACUCCACAAAUAAAAAAAACCAGCCUGCAAAUUAUAUCAGGAAAUAAAAAUAUAUUAGAAUGAAGUUAGUUAGUUUUUACUGUACAUUCAUUGAAUGUAUUUUAAAUUAGAGCUGGCGAUAUUUUUAGUAUACUGGUAAGUACCGGUAUUUAAAAAAUUCCGAUAUCCUUUAUUUUAGAGUACUGGUAUACCAUAAAUCGGUAAUUACCAUUUUUACCGAAAAUACUGUAUAUCUACUUUUAUUAUUUAUUAUUUUUAUAUAAUCCUAAUGACAUAAUAAUAUAAAAUAUAAUAGGCCUAUCAUAGGUUGGAAAUUUAGAAACACUAACAAAUUUGCCAAGGUAAAGUAUUUUUUAUAAUUACCGAAAAUACCGUAUAAUCAGUAAUACUGUAGACACCGGUAAUAAUCAAAUAACCGGAUACCAGUAUCAAAACUUGAAAUAUCGCCAGCCCUAAUUUUAAUAUAAUAUAUAUUAUAUAUUAUAAACAAUAUUUAAGGUAUAUUUUUUUAUUAAUUAAGUUUAAGUUGUAAAAUAUUUUUUUCAUUAACCAUAACUUGUGUUGUAUAUUCAUAUAUUUUCAACUAGGUAGGUAAUUUAUUCAAAUUCUUAUUACAUUGUGUAUUUAACUGAUUUAGGUUAAUUUAAUAAUUAAGUAAUUUUUAUUUGUCUAUUUUAUAAUUUAAAAUAAAAUUUAACUACCAGUAAAAUAUUGUAUAACAAACAUCUAUAAUUUGAUUAUGUAGGCUUUAAUUAAAUAUUUAAAAUAUUUAUAAUUUAAUGUUCUAACAUUUUUUGAGUUUACUAUCAAUUUUUGUUAUACAUUAUUAGUGUUAAUUAUGUUGCUCCCAAGAAUCUAAUGAAUGUUAAGUUAUUGAGCUCUUCUUAAAAAUUAUACAUUGAUUGUGUUUAUGCAUUGACCGAUGCUGCAAUAUUAGCUUACAUUGUAUUAUGCAACUGUGGCUUUUAAAAAUAUUUUUUUAUUUAUUUAAAUAGUAAUACGGGUAGUCUUGACAAUCAAAUGGUAUAUUCAUUAACUAAAAGGUAACAUAAAUAUUGAAUAUUUCCUUCACAUUUGUAUACUCCAGUAUCAGUUGGAUAACUAUAUAUGUUUGAAUUUUUAUUAAUUAAGUUUAAGUUGUAAAAUAUUUUUUUCUUUAACCAUAACUUGUGUUGUACAUUCAUAUAUUUUUAACUAGGUAGGUAAUUUAUUCAAAUUCUUAUUACAUUGUGUAUUUAAACUGAUUUAGGUUAAUUUAAUAAUUAAGUAAUUUUUAUUUGUCUAUUUUAUAACUUAAAAUAAAAUUUAACUACCAGUAAAAUAUUGUAUAACAAACAUCUAUAAUUUGAUUAUGUAGGCUUUAAUUAAAUAUUUAAAAUAUUUAUAAUUUAAUGUCUAACAUUUUUUGAGUUUACUAUCAAUUUUUGUUAUACAUUAUUAGUGUUAAUUAUGUUGCUCCCAAGAAUCUAAUGAAUGUUAAGUUAUUGAGCUCUUCUUAAAAAUUAUACAUUGAUUGUGUUUAUGCAUUGACCGAUGCUGUAAUAUUAGCUUACAUUGUAUUAUGCAACUGUGGCUUUUAAAAUAUUUUUUUAUUUAUUUAAACAGUAAUACGGGUAGUCUUGACAAUCAAAUGGUAUAUUCAUUAACUAAAAGGUAACAUAAAUAUUGAAUAUUUCCUUCACAUUUGUAUACUCCAGUAUCAGUUGGAUAACUAUAUAUGUUUGAAUUUGACUCUUGUCAGUAUAUUUUGGCUUCUGAUGUUAUUUUAAUGUUUGUAUAAUAAUAUGGAAAAAUAAAUUAAAAAUACAUGUGAAUUACUUGAAACUCACAUUUAUGCUGCUAUGAAGUUGAAGUAUGUUCAAUUUCAAUUUCCAAUGUUGUUCUGUAGCAACACUGUACAUUUGAAUACCUACCAUUAUUUUAAAUAUUAAAUUGGAAUAUAAGUUAUUGUAAUAAAACAAAUACUGCUCAUAUUUCACACAAAUACACAAUACCAUAAUAAUAUAUUAUGUACUAUCUUUAUAUGUGUAUGUGACUAUCGUAUCCAUAGACUAACUCUAUGAUCGUAUCUAUAGCCGUGAUACAAACAAUGAUAAUAUUGAUAAUAAACUACAAUUAAAAAAUAGAAACUCUAUUAGUUUAUCUUAAAUUGUGAGGGAAAUAAACCUAUCAAUAUUAUAAUUUUUGCUGUAUGGUAUUGUAGUUUUGUGCACUAACAACUGAUAUGAAACUGUACGUUUAUUGUGUUAUUGUAUUUGUAUUGUUUUUGGUGCUUAAAAUAAUUUACACAAUAUGCCUUGAACGUUAGGGUAAAAUUAAGCACCAUUUAAAGUAGGUAUUUGGAAAAAUAAAUCAUUUCGACCAUGAAGUGAUUUUUUUAACUUGUUUGAUGUAGACGAGUUUGUUAGACAAUUUUGUAUAACAAAACAAACUGUUGAUAAAGUUCUAAACGAAAUAGUAUACUGCUAAAAAUAGAUAUUACAAUAUUAUUUUAAUGGUCCAUUGAACAUUAUUGGUAUUUUCUAAUUGAUAUUCCUCCAUUAAAUGUAUCAAUUAUUUUAUAGAACUUGUAUUAAGUUCCAAUGUAAAAUCAAAGUUGAAGUUGUGAUUGGUCCCAUUGGGCCAAUACUAAGGAUGAAUAGAUUACAUACAACAUUAUAUUUUAUUAUACAAAUCAAUAUAUUUUUCUUUUACGAAGUAGAUACCCAUGUAUAUGGCUGACAUGUCAUUUAAGUAUAAUAUCACAGAUUAAAUGAAAAUUUAAUCUGUGACAAUAUUAAGUAAAAAUUUUAAUUUAGUUUAUUGAGUUAAGUCAAUUUGAUUAAUUUCAAAUAAGUGCCUAUAAAUAUUUUUUACCUAUAUAAAAAUUACUUUAAAUUAUCUAUGCCAAGUGUUGCGAAUGGGUGACUUCUUACCCCCGUAUUAUCCUGCUUGUUUUUUUCUCUCUGCAAAUACGCUUAUUGUGCUUUUAGUGUAACUUCUUAUCAAAAUAAAAAAAAAAAAAAAAAAUUAUCUGGUUCAUUUGUUUCAGUACAAGGAAUAUUAGAGCUGCAUAAAGCUCUGAAAGACACUGCAUUUUAGCUUUUGAUAUAAUGUCUGAGUAGUUUGGGAAAAUUGAAGAAACAGUUGUUACCUUAAGUUUUAGCAAAUAACUACCACCACUAUUUUUUUCAAAAUCAUUUGCUAUGUUUGUUAGGGAUAAACCCUUUGUAGCCUACUGCAUUAACCCAUUGCUUCGUCCUUUCUGAACUUUUCAGUGGAAACCUAUUGUUUGAACACGGCUGAACUUCCCGCCGAAUCUACCAAAGUCCAAAGGCUUAACAAGUCACGAGAUCGGCGCGGAAUGUUCGCGACGAGUCGUUCCCCCUCCAUGGUGUCCGCCCGCCGGCCGGCGUCCACGGCUCCCGUGCCGAGGACGGCUUUUUGUCUUUUACCUACGCUCGAACUUGGCGGAUCACGCACCGCCGGUUCGCGUUGCUUCGUGUGGCUGUGUUUAGACCUCGUGGUCAUUAUUAUUCAUUAUUCAUUAUUUACGAUUAUAAUUGGUGCACGUCUAUACCGUCGUAAACUUGGAGACAGUCUAAGUUUGACGGAUUGUGUCACCGCGCACCACCGAAUUGAGUUAUUAUACGUGUCAACGCUGGGCCGUCGUUCAACUGCGCCGCAGUGACGAUUUUGGUUGUUGGCGAGGAAGACGCUGUCGCAUUUCCAGCGAGGA